AUGAAUGAUAACCUGUUGCAAGGGCCUGAUCUCAUUAAUUCUAUAGUUGGUGUACUGAUACGUUUCCGAGAGGAACCGGUAGCUAAAGUGGCUGACAUUGAGGCAAUGUUUCAUCAGGUAAGGGUAUGCGAAAAGGAUAGAGAUGCACUCAGAUUUUUAUGGUGGCCAAGUGGUAACCUGGAAACAAAGCCUGUUGAACACUGUAUGAACGUUCAUUUGUUCGGUGUCACGUCAUCACCUAGCUGUGCGGCAUACAGUCUAAGAGGCACAGCAAGGGAUAACGCCAAAGCAUUCAGCGGGGAUACCUUGAAAACGAUAGAACGUAAUUUUUACGUUGAUGAUCUUCUAAAGUCGGUGACGGAUGAAAAGGUAGGUAUCAGACUUUCUUCUGAACUUCGAGAUAUCCUCGCUAAAGGUGGUUUCAGACUGACGAAGUGGAUGUCAAAUAAUCAAAAAGAGAAGGAUAACUGGAACUUGCCGGAAACUGCAAGUCCAGUAACUCUGGACGAUGAUGACUCAGAACUUAAGACGGUGCUUAGUAUGCAAGCGAAACAAGGUAAGGCCGCUUCAAGUUUAGAUGAUUUGUUAGUUAAAUACUCUGACUGGCAUAAAUUACUUCGUGCUGUAGGUUGGUUACUUAGAUUCAAGAAAUAUCUUGUAAGUAAGUAUUUGUUGAGUGAGAAGAAUGUCGGUUGUGCGGCAAAUAACAGAGAUUUGACUGUGAAAGAGAUUCGAGGAGCUACAAAGGAUGUCCUCAUGCUUUUACAAAAGAGUACGUAUGACAAGGAUUUCAGAAAUGUAGUAGAUAACGGUCGUGUUUCAAAGGCAUGUUCGAUUGUAAAUUUUAGCCCAGUGUACACAGAUGUUCUACUGAGAAUCGGCGGGCGUCUAGAAAAUGCUGACGUAAGCACUGACGUCAAGCACCCGAUUAUUUUGCCCAGCGGUCACAAUGUAAGUAGAAUUCUCAUUCGGAAAUACCAUGAAUUGAACGCCCAUGCGGGUGCUCAUCAUAUUUUGUCUCUUAUCAGACAAAAAAACUAUUGGAUAGUGCACGGUCAGCGAACAGUUAAGUCAGUACUUAGCCAUUGCAUCGACUGUAAACGCCGACAGCAACGUCUCAAAACUCAGCAGAUGGGACAUCUUCCGACAGAGAGACUUACACCAGACAAAGCGCCUUUCACGUACGUUGGAGUAGACUACUUCGGUCCAAUGUACGUAAAGUCUGGUAGAAAACAUCUCAAAAGGUAUGGGUGUUUAUUCACUUGCUUGACAACCAGGGCAGUGCAUAUUGAAAUUGCACACAGUCUUGACACACACUCUUUCAUAUGUGCUUUGCAGCGGUUUGUAAGUCGCCGGGGACGACCAGAAAAGAUCUUUAGUGAUAACGGGACAAAUAUUACCGCGGGAGAAAGGGAGCUGCGGGAAUCAGUCAAACAAUGGAAUCAAACUCAGCUCUCAAAAAACCUCCCUCAGCAAGAGAUUGCAUGGCAUUUCAAUCCUCCGUAUGCAAGUCACAUGGGUGGUGUAAGGGGAAGGUUAGUACGAUCCGUUAAAAAUGCGCUGAAAUAUGUAGUUCGUGAGCAACUGCUUGGUGACGAAGCUUUGUUGACAUUAGCAACCGAAGUCGAGAAGAUUCUGAACGACCGUCCAAUUACUCAGGUAAAGUAA